AUGCAGACGUCCGUUGUCACCAUCGGCUCCCACGCUGCCACUGGCACCAGUACGACGACGACCACCUCUCGCCGGGACCGCGAGGCCUCUCGACAGGGUACCUGGAGAUGUGGAAAUUGCCCCAAGAACUUUGCUCAGAAAGAAUACCGAGACAAGCAUCAGCGCCGCUGCAUCCAGGCUUCAAGUAGGCAGAAGCUGUCCAAGCAAAAGUCGUGCGUCGCAUGCGCUUCCUCCAAGCUUGGCUGUGAUCAGGCCACGCCGUCAUGCUCCCGCUGCAUACAUAGAAACAUACACUGCCAGUACGUCUCGGCCCUCGCCGCCGACAACCAGAAACGGCAGCAGGACCAGCAGGCAGCGCAAAAGAAUGGCAACCGCCGACUGAGCCAGCAGCGGGAACAACAACAGGUGCAGUCGUCAGACGGAAGCCCCGCCCAGUUUCUGUAUCUGAGCGGCGAACCGCACCCAAGUCUCGAGGACAACAUUGCUAGUCGGGACAUCCGCUCGACGGGAACGUCUCCCGAGCUGGACCCUAUGAGGGUCGCCAACGGCGUGGCCCACGGCGGCACAACAGGAAACGUCAUGGCAAUGUCAACGCCUUCACCACCUCAGGGUCAUCACCACCCGUCCGCUCCUGCUUCUAACAUGGGCAUCGGCAGCUGGCAUGUCGAAUCACCACCAAUUACCAGAUCGGAGAGUCUCUCCGACCAGCUCUCAGGCGGGUCGCUGAGAGAUGCGGGCAUGAGCCUGGACUGGUUCAGGCAGAACAUCUAUCCCUUCAGUGCCGCCGGGAGCGAGAGCGGCGAAUCCGUCUCCCAAUGGCAGCGCAGCCGACUGUCGCCCUCAAGAGGCAAUCCGUUCAUGCCGUCGGAUAGCAACCUAUCGGCCGAGAUGGAAUAUGUCAACGACAGCGCCAUGACUGGCAUCUCCAACGAUGACCUCAACUUUGACCUCCUUGGUUCCUUGGGCAUACUAACCCAGAACCAUGUCUCGACGCCCAAUGCGCAGCCAUCGCCGCUCUCAGCCCUGCUGCGCCCCCCAACCGCAGCCACCACAGCCGGCCAGGGUAUGCCGCCACCAGUGCGCAACAUGCCCUCCCAUAGUCACAGCCCCGCCAGCACGGACGAGGAGUCGACUGCAAAGGAGUCUUUGCACGACGCCGUAAAGAUGGCAACGGGUGGAGGCUCAUCGCUGAGCGGCAAGUUUGAAGACCACGGCUGGCAGCGCUGCCCGUUCCACAAGCUCAACACGGCCGAUGAGCUCGUCCGCACCAUCUGCAACUACCCGAGACUCAUGGUCCGGCCCGGUGGCGAGUACCCCCCAUUUGUGCAUCACAAGGUAUAUCGAUGUGCUACGGGAGAGGUUUCGGAGCCGCUUGCCAGGGCAUUCUGCUGUGUUGGCGCCUUUUAUGCCUCUGUUCCGACAAGCGAGACCUUUGUAUACUCCAUGAUUAACGAGGAGAGCAGAAAGCUUGUCGACUUGUUUCACAAAUGGUCAGGCUCAGAUAGCGACAUGUUGGCGGUCAUUCACGCCAUGUGCAUCUACCAGAUCCUGGGCUUCUUCGCGAGCAGCAGUCCUGCCCAGGCGCAGCUGUCUGAGAUGCUCCACUUGUAUUUUCUCAAGAUGACACGACGACUUAUCCAGCAACACCUUCUCCCGCCCUCCACUGACGAGGUCACCGACGAGGUGAGCUGGCGACGAUGGAUCAUGAAGGAGACGAUUCGACGAACCGUCUUCCUCGUCAACACCAUCAACACCCUCUCCUGCAGGAUUCAGAAGCAGAACCCAUACUACUUUGAGCCCCUGGACGACAAUCUGAUCCGAAACACAACACUCCCUGCUCCGGACUCUCUUUGGAAAGCCUCGUCAGCCGAGGAGUGGAUGGCUGCCAAGGCGCAGCUGGGGCCAGAGGAAGCCGCGCGCAGUAACCUCACGGUCCAACAGGUAGUGGACCAGUUCAUGUCGGAAAACGACCCCAACGACCACCAGAACCACGACAUUUGCCGCGUCAAGUACGAACAGUUUGAUGCCUUUACGAGACUUAUCCUUGCCACAGCGAGCAACAGCUGAGGGGGAAAAAAAUGAACAUGUUGCCAAAUACCCAAUCUUUAGAGCGAGAUACAGUAGAGAAUAGAUUCUACGUGUGC